AUGUUUACCCUUCAGCUAAAUGUGGGUCCAGGCAACGCUUCAAAACCUGAAGAACAGGAGGAUGAGCUUACCUAUGCCAGCAUAAGCUUCUCCAAAAACUGGAAUAAAGCUCUUUACUCCAACAUCAGGCCAGCUCACCUGCGCAGACAAACAGAGGAAGACGAGGAAGAGGAUGACAGUCUCGACUACACUACUGUCAGCUUUACUGCCAGUAAUACCACAGGAUUAAGAUAUCAAAAUGCUUUGGAGGAUUCAUCUACACUGUACAGCACAGUCAUGAAAAAGAUGGUACAGGGUCAGAAUGGCUGGGGAGUGACUUACACUUCUCACAUCUGUGCCUUAAAAGGAUCAACAGUGGACAUACACUGCACCUACAGAUACCCAUCCAGAGUAAAUGAUCGCAAUACUGCAGUAGAGGAAAGAUAUUGGUUCACUAAAUUGCAGGAUGACGAACCUGUGGAUCUAAGAACAGACUCAGAGUACGCAGGUCGUGUGCAGCAUCACUGUGAUGAGAAAAAAUAUUUACAGGUAACGGUGAAUAACCCGUCACACUGCAAAAUAAAUCCCUGUGUCUGGGCAAAGCUGAGCUGUCACAGUAUGUGUCGUCUACCUGAUCAUUACUCCUACAUCUGGUACAUUAAUGGACAGAAAAUUCAGCAAUAUACAUCUUCUAUUUCGGGCUACUUUUAUGAUCAAGACAGCUUUUCCUGUGCUGUGAGAGGAUAUGAGCAUCACCCUGCUCCAUCAGUGUAUGCUCCGAAAGUUCCUUUUGCGUUGAAGAGUCCCUCUGAUAACAUCAUGGAGGGCAGCUCAGUGUCUCUGACCUGUAGCAGUGAUGCUAACCCAGCAGCUAAGUACACCUGGUACAAGAAGAACCAAAUGCUGCUCAAUAAUGAACCACAGCUGAUUUUCAACAACAUCCAGUCCUCUGACUCUGGAGAGUAUUACUGUACAGCUGAGAACGAGCUGGAGAAGAAGACAUCUGAAUACAUCUUUAUUGAUGUGAGAUAUGCUCCAAAGCUUCCCUCUCUGUCAAUCAAUCCCUCUGAUGUGAUAGUGGAGGGCAGUUCAGUGACUCUGACCUGUAGCAGUGAUGCUAACCCAGCAGCUAAUUACACCUGGUACAAGGAGAACCAAACACUGCGUUAUGGACCAGAAUACAUUAAUAAUUUCACCUCCAUCAGCUCUGAGGACAGCGGGUCCUACCACUGCAAGUCUGAAAAUCAGUAUGGACAGAUCAACUCUUCGUCUCUUGUCUUGGAUGUCCAGUAUGCUCCAAAGCGUCCCUCUGUGUCAGUGAGUCCCUCUGGUGAAAUCAUUGAGGGCAGUUCAGUGACUCUGACCUGUAGCAGUGAUGCUAACCCAGCAUCUAAUUACACCUGGUACAAGAAGAAUGUAAAUCCAGACCUUCAACCUCUCAGUAAAGAACCACAGUUUGUCUUCAGCUCCAUCCAGUACUCUGACUCUGGAGAGUAUUACUGCACAGCUGAGAACCAGCUGGGGAAGAGGACAUCUAAAUACAUCUUUAUUGAUGUGACAUAUGGUCCAAAGCUUCCCUCUGUGUCAGUGAGUCCCUCUGGUGAGAUAGUGGAGGGCAGUUCAGUGACUCUGACCUGUAGCAGUGAUGCUAACCCAGCAGCUAAAUACACCUGGUACAAGGAGAACCAAACACUGUUUCAUGGACCAGAAGGAAAUUAUAAUUUCACUUCCAUCAGCUCUGAGGACAGAGGGGUGUACUACUGCAAGUCUGAGAAUCAGUAUGGACAGAUCACCUCAUUGUCUCUCUUGAUAGAUGUCCUGUGGAAAUCAGUGUCUAUAAUGAACAUCAUCAAGUUGACUCUGGUGGUCCUGAUGCUGAUUCUUCUGCUUCUCUUGAUUCUGUGGAUUAGGAAGAAGAAAACUCUGAGCUCCACCACAGACCUGAAUGAGCCUGUAGAGACUAUAGAGUUGGACAUUUAUCCUGUAUAUGAGAACGUCUCAGACUUGCAGGUCGUCACAGACAGAAGACACAGAGGAGCAGGAAGACCUGGAUUGAACCAGAGGCUGGACUCACCUGAUGGAAACAGAAAGUAG